AUGCAGGGCAUCGCGAUUCCGCAACAGCUCACAACGAAGAACCUCUGUUUCUUUGUGCUGCUCUUGACGUUGGUCUGCGUUGCAGUGGACGUCUUGCGCUCUGAUCGCAUGCCAGACGUUUCAGUGGUCUGUGGCGCUCGAUGCGUGGAGAAGCGCAUCCGAGCCAGGAUCAAAGCAGCCCAGCCGAAACUUGCACCACAAGUCCGAGCAACAUCAGCAUCAUCAGCUGGUAGUGACGUGCACUUGCCCAAGACUACAGCAGUUCCUGUAGUAGCAGCGAAUGUGGGGAUACUGGCAUCGACAAUCAAUGGCUUCACCUCGGCAUCGACUAGUCGUGGCGUUUCUUCCCUGACAAGCUCUGCGCCAAAAGCGCCCAAACCUAUCCGUAAGGAAGGCACAAGGCCGAUACGGACUCCAUCUACCGGUAUGACAACCAUGCAACCAACAACCCAGCAGCCAACAACUGCACUUCCGACGACUACACCAACAACCGCGACGCUGCUCACGAUACCUCCAACAACCUCGGCAUCCACGAAUGUGUCCACAGUAUGCGUUGACGAUGCUUGUGGUGAGAAUAGCUGCUGCUGCGCUGUGGAGAAAGUGCCUGACACGCAACUCACGCCGGACCUGAACACAGUACCUGACGAAAAUGCACUGAUAACCCGUCUCAAGGUGACCGGCAUCAAGGAAGGCGGCUGGUGGCAGCCGAAUGGCUGUACUGUGGAGCAUUCGCUGGCCAUUGUCAUCCCAUUUCGUAACCGCGAAGCGCACUUGCUGAUCUUUCUCCAGCACAUUCACCCGUACCUGCAGAGACAGAAGUUGGCGCACACAAUCUACGUUGUUGAUCAAGUUGACCAGUUGCCGUUCAACCGGGCAAUGUUAUUCAACGUCGGGUAUCGCGAAGCUAUGGCCGAGCGCAAUUACACAUGUUUAUCAUUUCACGACGUUGACAACAUACCUGUGGAUCCGAUGCUGAGCUAUCGUUGUGGACCACAGCCACAGCACAUGGCAGCGAGGACAGACAAAUGGAGUUGGGGUUUGCCGUAUGCUACAUUUACUGGUGGCGUUACCAAACAGUCACCCGAACAACUAGAGAAGAUGAACGGAUUUGCAAAUUUCUUCUGGGGCUGGGGCGGCGAAGACGAUGACAUCCUGACACGUUGGAAAGCAGCCGGAUACAAGUUAAACCGUCCGCCCUCUCCCGACGGUCGCUUUGCUACAGUAAAGCGCGACCACUUCCAGUCGUCUAAACCUAAUCCUCAACGUUUCAAGUUGCUGCAAACCAGUGGGUCAAGAAUGCAUGCGGACGGCUUGAAUAAUCUGAAGUAUAAAUUAGUGGAAAAGAAAAAGCAUGCUCUCUAUACUCGCCUGCGUGUUGAGCUGAGGAGCUGUAAACUGCAGGCGGUGCUCUUCUAUUUAUUCUGCUAG